AUGCAGAUGCUUACCGCUAAUGGACAACACAUUGACUUGCUUUGGCUUCGGAAGUUGGAUUUCUUUCUUAGUUCUUGCGGCUGUAAUACUUUUCAAAGUGGUCGUCAAACUUUCAAAUCUUAUAUAGAGUGUUGUUGCUUCAGAGCCUUGUUGGCAAAGAACGAUGAGAACGACCGAGUCGUACAAGACUGUACUCUUGCUUCUUGUGGUAUGAGGGUUAAGGCUGUCACACUACAAGGUCAAGUUUGGCAAAGAUCGAUUCUAGAGAAAGCAUACCAAACACUUGAAAAAGUAAAUUAUGCUUUAAUAGUAUUACCUGCUGAUGAAUCUAUUGAUGAACUUCGAGUCAUUAGAUCAGCUGACGAAGAGCAUUGA